GCGGCCUAGUCGCCGGAACGGGGCCUACUCCGUUGCUAUGGCAACCCCCGACCUCCCUUAGGAGUUUCGAGGCGGCGCCGACUAGGCCUCGCCGCCUCCCCUUUGUUUCGCCUCAGCUCCGGAGGCUCUGCGGCUCCUUCUCUCUCUCUUUCCAGGCCACGAUGGGCGAGCAAGACCCGGCCUUCGUGCUCCGGUACUUGGCCGAAGUGGAAGCCCUGGCCGAGGAGGUGAUGGCCGGCAGGCAGCAGAUUGUAGCUUUGGAUCAGAAGCGAAAUGAGAACCGGGAGGCACUGAGGGCUUUAAGCAAGGAGCUAGACUCCUCAGAUCAGGUCAUGGUUUGCUUUGGGAACAUGUUUGUGCAGCUUCCAAAAACAAAGACCAAGGAUAUGUUGCAGAGAGAUCAGGAACGCUUAGAUGAAGAAAUAGCCAAACAGCGGAAGGAGCUAAAAGUAAACGUCAGCCGUCUCUUGGAAGCACAAGGUAAGCCAGAACUGAAAGGCUACAACCUGAAACCAUUAAGCACUGAAGAAAUGUGCUUUAUGAGAAAGUUGGUGGAUAGCUGAAGCAGUCUCACUUCAUGGACUACAACUUUCAGCGGAGAACUGGGCCACAGCUUUCUGCAGCUUGGGCAGCCUGUCUGCCGGAGUGCAAGCGUCCCACCCUGAGGAGCAGGACAGCUGAAGCACUGUUGUCACUUCAAGAGGAGCUUUUGAAUUCAGAUGGCAGGAAGUGUAGGAACAGAACUGCAAUGCCGCUCCCUUCCAGGAUAUGAAUGCCCUGCUGACAUCUGUGCGAGUUUUGUGAUAAUAAAUUAAAAUGUCCACUCAAACCCAAAA